AUGAUAAAUGGGCAUGACGAUGAAAUCUCAUUCGGCAAAAUUAUAAAAAUCUGAAAAAGGGAAGAUCCUGAAGACUUUAUAAUUGUAACUAUUCAGUGAUACUAUAAACCACAAGAUAUCAUACUAACUCAUCCAUGCAAAGAGAGAGGGAAGUAUUCGAAAGUGAUCAUCAGGAGGAUAUAUGAGCCGAAUCUAUAUAUGACAAAGUCGAAUUUUUAUCAUAUCAAGCAUAUUUUAAUUUAA